AUGGCGGAUAAUGACAAUUACAAUAACCAAGCCGACAACAAAGGAGCCAUCUUAACCAACCCCGAAGCAUUUUAUAAGCCAGGAGUAGACGCCACCAGCAAGGCGGAUAAUGGAGAAUUAUUAUGGCAUAGUGUUCUAGUUCAAGCAUAUAAAAUGUUGGACUAUUCCAAGGACUUCAACAAAGCCCAAGAGUUAAUUUGUUCUUAUAGCAUGAAGGAUUUAAUUUUUGUGGCCCGUCCCGAGAUACAUGCGACCUUAAUUACCCGUAUUUAUUCCCCAACCCAGCAUUUAGGAUUUGUUUAUUUUGAUAGUAUGUUUGGGGGUGUGAUUAUUACCCAAUUGAACGAUAAAGACCAGAUGUAUCUACACGACCGCAAAGCGUAUCAGAUGGCCGUGGCGAUUGACUUCCCAGGCAACGGAAUAUUUAUUGAUACUCAUAGAUACGCGAUGAACCUAACUAAUUACUUAUUUAAGUGA